CUCAGAAGCUCGCCGAGGAAGAGGGAGGAAGGAUAGGCUCAUCCAUGCACUCAUCCACGAUGGACUGAAGGCCGACACACAAGGUGAGUCAAAGGGGGAGAACCAAUAGGCAAUGACGCAUUUGUUGAUUUGGUCGUGCCUGUCGGUUCAGGCUGAAGGAUGGUUCGCCUCUACCUCGGCAGAUGAACUGCAGAUGAGCUGCAGAUGAGCGCCUCUGUCGCAUCCGGCAGCAGCAGUGCGGCACAGCCCCACACGGCACGGCUCUUCAUCGAUGACAUCACUGAGCCGUACAGGGUCAAGUUUCUCGCGGAGGGAGCCAUGGGAUCGGCAUGGCUGCUCGAUGCCGACAUCAGUCCCGUGGUGUUCAAGGUCUUCCCUUUCAGUAGAGAGCUCGAGGCCAAGCUGGAGGCCGAGCACCUCGACAAAGCGGAGAAGGGUGGCCUUGAGCGUGGCGGCGGCAGCGAGGCGUGGACGCCAUUUGUGAGGCCCUUCUGCGAUGAAGCUCUUCAAGGCACCCUGGUCCGCACCGGCAGCAGCGAGCAGCGAGUCCAUAUCGUCAUCAUGGAGCACCUUGGUAACCAGCACACACCGUCCUCACCCAGCCACGAAUCCAUCAGUCACAAGCAGCACAGCACAGCACAGCACACCCACACUGACUGCAUUGCGUUUCCUUUUCCUGGUGUGGUGUGGUGUGCUUGGUGUGCUGCUUGCUCCCUCAUGGAUGCCUUCAGGCACGGGCUGGCAGUCCAUCACGACUCUGCUCAGGACGUGCAACCUGCGCUCCCUGAGGACCAGGCUGCUGCAGCGAUCCAUUCAAGUAGGUGCCGUCCUCACCGCCCUGCGGAAGCUCCUGGCGAUCCACAUCCUCAGUGGCCGGGCACGCAAGAGGGCCGUCAAGGAGCUGCGGCUGCUGGGCACCGACCAUGCAGUGAGCGACUACUAUUUCCUCAAUUCGGCCCUCCUCGCCCUCACCAUCCCCCGCCUCCAGAAGGACAAGGUGACGACGUCCAUGCUGCCUUCGGGCGCACCUCCCUCUGCCGUGUACAUAGACCUUGUCAAUGUGCUGCUCCUCAAGACGCCCGACGACGUCAAGAAGUCCCUGGAGGCCAUGUACCCCGACGCCACACUCACGCUGCCCGCGUGCCUCACCUCCCCCCUCCCGGGCAGCGCACCCGGCCCGUCGCAUUCAUGCCCUUCGCCCUGGCCACGCGCCGAGCCAUCAAGCAGCUGCCGGCGGGCAAGGCGGGGGAGGAGGCCCCGGAGACCGGCGUGGCCUCCCUGUGGCAGUGGAAGGCGGACAAUAGGGGGCUCGGCCCUGAUGACACAGCCCGCCGCAGCAUGUUCGAGGGCCUCUACGCCCAGCUGGAGGGCUUCUUGGCGGCGUGCGAGAGUGCGGGGCGCGUCGUCAAGGAGGGUGAGAGGGCCGUGGGCAUCAUUCUCGACGGAGAAAAAGUAGCGGUGUUCCACUUCGGCCUCGAGAUCCAGCACGGAUUGCUGGGGAUGGACUUGAUCCAAUUCAUGACGAGCACUCGGCCUGAGGGCGAUGCAUUCGAUGACAGCGAGCUCGAGACGGCUUACUGGAAGCGCCUCAUGCUCGACUGGCCGCACACCCUCCAGCAGAUGUGCACCGAUCAUGGGAUCGGUCGCAUGGAGCCACGCGGUGACGGCCUGAUACUGCACGACACCCCGGCCGCACAGGCAUUCCCCAUACUCGGCAACAUUGUCGAGUACGUCCAGGGCGUCCUGGGGGAGGUGUCGCUCACGGCGCUGCACCUGCUCCCCGACAGCAGGUGCGAUUUGGAUAACAUGCUAGAGCCGCUCAUGAAGGCACUGCACGUCAUCAACAGCCCGCAGGUCGACAGCCUGGUGCUCAACCCGAGCCCCGCAGAGAGCCUCCAGCUGCCCACAGGAGCCAAGCGGCUCAUCCUGACGCCCAAGGAGAAAGAUGACUGGAACAAGGUACGCACACGGGCGGUAUAUAUCGUUGGGUGCGUGGGUGAGUGGGGCGGGUGCCACAAUUGUUGGUCUCUCUCUCUCUCUCUGUGCGUGUGUGUGUGUGUGUGUGUGCAGAUGUUGAAGACCCGGCCUGCCGCACCAUCAGGCGCCGCGACAUUCCAGAAGGUGAGAGAGAGAGAGAGAGAGGAAGAAAACUGCCUGUGGAUGGAUGGAUGUCUUCACAUUUAUAUGAUGCAUAUAUGUGUGUCUUGCUUGACAGAUCAUCAAGGGCAGGUUGUCUGGUGUCGACGGCGUUCCCGCCGCUGCGGCCGCGGCAGCGUCACCAUCGAGCAGCGAAGACUCACGCAGCGUGAAGCCACCUGCUGACGAGCCACCACCUGCUGAAGCCCCUUCUCGCAUGUCCGACAGCCGCCCUGAUGGCGCCGCCUUGCCACUGGCAGCUGCGGCCUCAUCGGCUGUCUCUGUGGCGGCCAAGGCGGUCGAGCAGACGACACCACGGCUGGUCGAAGCGGGGCGGCUGGAGUUGCAGGAGCAGCAGCCGCAGCCAGAGACAGAGGGAGGGACAGCUACUGGAGAUCGUCAGGUACGUACGUACGCCUCCAUGCGCACACUGAAUGGGCAGCCAGACACUCACACACAAAUACAUUGACACAUAGAUCCGUGUGGGUGCCCUGUUUUGCUCUCACGUGCAUGCAGGCAUCAGAUCACCCCCAUCUCCCCCCCACGCUGCCCCCGCUGUCCAUCGCCCCGCCCCCCUCUCUGCACGAGGGAGCACCUACACUGUCAUCGGCAGCAGCAGCAACAGCAGCACCGGCCGUAGUAUCGCCGCAAGCAGUAGCACCUGAGGGAGCCGGGGGGGGCAACCUGCGGACGACAGCAGUGCGGAUUCCAUCGCAGCAGCAGCAGCAGCAGCAGGAGGGAGGAGGGACAAGCGAGACGUCGACGGACGAGGGGCUUUUUCUGCCCCUGUAUCAAGAUUUUCUACAGCAGCUGAGGAACGUCUCAGCCUCGGACCUCUCUGAGGAGUCGCACCGUAAGUCAGCUCUGCCACGGUCUCUAUGGACGGACAGCGUAUCCGUCUGCGUAUGUGUGUGCAGAGGCACAGAUGGCUGUGUUGCGCGACCGACUGCAGCACUUGACACAUCAGGACAACCAACAGCAGGUACACACAGCAGCAGCCACCGGCACAGGCAGGCACAUGUACCAGCCCAGACGGUCUCUCCCUUAAUGUUAUGCACAGGCGCCUGUCGGCAGCGCAGCCGUGUCUGCACCCGCUGCUGGCGGCCCCUCGACGAGCUCUUCUCGUGUUGUCAACCUCCCUGUAAGCAGGACGUCUCUUCACACAUGAGCCACCGAUCUGUCCGUCCACUGACUGCACUCACUGCGUCCAUCCGUGUCGGUCUGCGCCUUACUUAGGUGAGUGCCGCGACGCCCGGCCCGGCACACGACUACCUGAUGCCCAACAUAGCCAGCCACUUCUACCCACAGCCCCCUCCCAUCUUACCCCCCCACCCGUCUCUGUUUGCCGCCCAGCCAUCGCCCCCCGCUGCCCCGCCCCACCUCAUUGCACUCCCUCACCCUGGUACCGGGCGGUUUGGCAGUGCAUCGCCCGGCCCGCCCUUAGUGCUGACGUCGCCACACCGCCCCGCACCGGCCCCAGCACAUGUGAACCAACAGCCACCACCAGUGCAGCAGUAUCACGUGCACCACGGCGCCACGGCCAACACGGCUGGGCGGACAGAUGGAGUGAUGUGGCCGUGGGCGGCGGGUGGCAGCCGUGCUGCACAAGGGGAGGGCAGCCGGCAGCGAGGCUGAAGAGACUAACUUGCACACAUAGAUAGACUGACUGGUGGGUGGGUGGGUGGGUGAGUGAGUGGGUGGGUGACGUAGCAGCUACACAUACAAACAUACUGGCGGGGGCGGUGGGCACGUCAAUGGCUGUCUGGGAUGGGAUGCACGUGCGUGUGCGCGGCGUGUGUGGCUGUCUAGGAUGCACGUGUGUCUGCGGCGUGUGUGGCUGUCUGCGUCGCUUUGUGUGUGUGAUUGGGUGUGGAUAAUGACGAUGAACAAACAGGUGGGCUGUCCGUUUGACCGUGUGUGUCAGAGGUAUCGCUGGGCGUGUCGGUCACCGGCACACUCACUGGUGAUGUGCAUAGACUCAUCGAUGCGCUGCAAUGCAAUGCAAUGGAAUGCAAUGCAAUGCAAUGGAAUGCAAUAGGCCCC